AAUUACAAAGCUAGUUGUGAGCCAAAUAGGUAUACUAGGAAUACACACAGAGGAAAACAUAAGAUAGAAUUAUCCAACCGAAAGUCUCAUUGCCUUGUCUGAAGCACUUCCACAAGGGGGGAAUGGAAUAUAGAAUGACAUUUUCUUCUUUUCUCUAAAGCAUCUUUCUCUUUAUUCCUUAUACAGCUAUCUUCCUUUCUCCUUUCUAUCAUUUUCUCUUAAUAUAAGUUUCUCUCUUUCAUUUUGUUUGUCAUCAAAGUUACAGGAACAAGAGACACAAUGGGGUGCUUCUGGAAUUUUAGUAGUAGUAAGAGUCAAUCAUCUUCGAACAAACCUGCAAUCGAAUCAGACCAAGUUGCCAGAAUACCCAAAGAAGAGUUGUUGUUGCAAAUCCCGGGAUGUACAGUUAACUUGGUUCAAGAAGGAGAAACUGUAGAAAUUGCUCAAGGAUACUUUAAUCUAGUUAAGCUCUCUGACGAGAAUGUUCCUCUAGCUAUUUUAGUUAAAGUUGGUGAUGAACUUCAAUGGCCUUUGACAAAAGAUGAACCAGUGGUGAAACUAGAUGAGCUUGAUUACCUGUUUUCAUUGCCGAUGAAAGAUAAAAGUCUCUUGAGUUAUGGCGUUACUUUCUCUCAACAAAAUGGCAGUACUUUAAGUAAUCUUGAUUCAUUUCUAAAAGAACAUUCUUGCUUUUCUGGAUUUUCGUCUUCCACUACCAAGAAUACUUCGGGUGUUCGGCCACUUAACUGGGAAGAGUUUGCACCAAGGAUUGAAGAUUAUAAUGGAGUUUUGGCGAAAGCAAUAGCAACUGGAACUGGUGAGAUUAUCAAAGGUAUUUUCAAGUUGAGCAAUGCCUACACCAAACAGGUUCAAAAGGGAGGUGCCAUGAUUAUAACCGAAGCAGCUGAGGAAAAGAAAGGAAACUUAGGAAUGGAAAACUGCAGCAACAAGAAAACUACAAACGGUACAAAGAAGAAGAGUGGACUCAACAAGGGUUUGAAAAGGGUGAGGACUGUUUCAAAGAUGACAGAAAAAUUAAGCAAGACUGUGCUUAAUACAGUUGGAUAUGCCACUGGGUCAGUAAUGGGACCAAUAGUUAGAUCACAAGCUGGUAAACAAUUUCUAGCUAUGGUUCCUGGAGAAGUCCUCUUGGUUUCGCUCGAUGCUGUCAACAGGAUUUUUGAUGCAGCUGAAGUUGCCGAAAAACAAGCUCUUUCUGCUACAUCCAAAGGUGCAAGUAGCAUGGUCAGCAAUAGAUAUGGAGAAAAUGCAGGUGAGGCAACAGAGCAUGUAUUUGCCACUGCAGGGCAUGUUGCAGGAACUGCGUGGAACAUCUUUAAAAUUCGAAAAGCAAUCAACCCUGCAUCCUCUGUUACCUCAGGAAUAGCGAAGAGUGCAAUAAAAAAGAAAUAAACUUUGAACCCAUGACUAACUCCCCGCGGUCCCUGCAAUUCUAUUCCUGAACCGAGCAAAACUGUACUGAGCAUGGUUCAGAUUGCUAGUGUAACUUGUGCAUUAUUGAAAUGUAAACUGUAUAACUCCUGUAAGACUACUUCUUUAAGCAACUUCCAAUUAUAAGUUUUAUUCACUAACAUUUCUUCUGA